AGACUGCAGAGCCAACUCAUCUGAUCCGGUGAUGGUUGAUGAGGCUGUAAAAUGUGACAGGAGCAGGCAGGAGAUUUCUGAUGUAACUGCCCAGGGAGCCGUGGGACUGGUGGGACUGAGGACACUUACGCCAAGCAAACAGCACAGAGAGGCCCAGGAGACAAUUCAUCCUUCUGACAGCCCUGGGAGAGGAAACCAAACCAUUCCCUGUUAUACCAAAACCAAACCAUUCCCUGCUACCCUUCUUUCUUUCUCUCCUCAUCUGGGAACAGAGAUUCUCCCCCUCUCUAUGGACUAGAGAAAAUGAGGGCAGUGAAGAUGCACCCAUUGCUUCAGCACAAAGCACUGGGGAGGGAAAGUCAUGGGGAUCGGAUGGUGCAGUGUUGGAAAAAAGCAAAAUGAAGAGAAAGGGAGAAAAGUUGGAGGAAUUAUCAGCCCUCGAGGGCUGCACCCACUGCUCUUCCUCCAGGCCGGCAUCUCAGGAUGAGGCCUGCGGAACCUUCUCAAGGUGGUGAGGCUGUUCCUGUGCCACUGAUGAGGCCUGAAGCCUCAACACAUCCCUGCACAGUUUGCACAGCCUGCAGGUGCAAUGGCCACAGUGGCUUUCCUGGACGCAGCACUAGCUCAGCUCUGCUUCCCUCCGAGCACAGCCACUCUCCUGUGGGCCAACACUGUCACCAUGCACGUCACCAGGCCCAAAUCUGCCAAGGGACGCAGAAGGCCAAGCUUCAGCCACCCUCAGGACGUGGAAGCCUGUCCAUGCCAAGUGCCUUCUUCCCCACCGGCAGCCUCUCCUCGGGGAUUAGCGAGCAGCCAGAGAGCACCACUCACAAAACUGGCGUUCCCACCCACUCAGGUGUCUCCUGAGGAAAUCCCGGAGCUCCUGCAGCAAGUGCCUCUGAAGACCUCCUCUUCCCUGAACAAGUACCGGGUGCUCCCCUCCAUCGGCUGGAAGGGCGUAGGGAGCAAUGCCAUGGAAGCGCUGGCUCAACAGACCGACCGGCUGGAAGUGAGUGAGGGGCAGAAGAACACUCUGAAAUUCAGCAAAACUCUGUCUGGAGAACAGGGAUCUGGCAGUACAUUGUCAGGAAGCGAUGUUCCCGCUGAGGAGAGCUCCCACAUGCACUGUCCCCCUGAGAAGCGGGGAAGGAAAAUGAGGCAGGAGAGCCCUUCCAUGUCCCCUCUAAGCUUAGAAGAGCCCCACAUGCUGCUCGCGGUCCGGUCUCCCUCUGGCCAGAGGUUUGAGCACCACUUCAAACCCUCUGACAGUCUCCUGACAGUCCUUGCCAUGGCAGGACAGAAAUUGUUGGCCAACUACCAACACUGCAGCAUUGAAACGAUGGAAGUGCCCCGGAGGAGCUUCUCUGACCUUACAAAGUCCCUCCACGAAUGUGGGAUCCUCCACAAGUCUGUGCUGUGCAUUCGACAGGACAAGCAGCACGAUGCAGCAGAUCUUUAGGCACACGGAGAUGGGUCGUUCUGCUGAGUGGGAUGUGUUGCUUCUUCCAAAAAAAACUGAGUCCGAUGUUUCCUGGGCCUACUCUUGCCAUCUUUCACAAAUUCCCAUGAAGCAGUUAUGGAUGUUGAGAAAUAGUAUUUCAGGUGUAUAAACCUGCAUCAUAAAGAGCAGCUUGUUUCACCUGUGCCAUCACAAAUUGCUUCCUGAGUGCCACCAACCUUCAGCCUUUUUGGUUUGUUGAAGUUGCUGAUGUUCUUUUUUGAAAACUCAAGUUUCCAAGACCUCUCCUCUUGUCCUUUUCUCUGUUUUUGGAAGGUACUACUUCCCAGAGUGGAUCUGGAUGCACCUAUUUGGGAAGGUAGAAACAGAACUGUUUUACCUGCAGGACUCAGUAGCUGAUCAUCAUCCUAAACAUCCAGAGACUGAAAAGGAGCUUAAACCCCUAAACCAUCUGGAAAUAAGAGUAUUAACACAUUAAUGGGUUAUUAGGAAGUAUUAAAUUGCAAGACUGAUUGUAAAAUACCUGUGAGGGCUCAGCUCUUUCUGGGUAACCUCAGUCCAGCUCUUUACUGUGACUAAAUCACUUUUUUAAGAACAUUCUUAAAAAAUCUUCUCUCAUUCAGCUUGUGUGGUCUGUAGGUAAGAACAGAUGAAUAAUUAAGAAGGGAUGUUACAAAUAACUCCAUUUAACACCUUAACACUGAAGUGAGUUAGUCCAAGAAGCAAAGUGUUGUUUUGGGAAUUUUAAAAUAAAAAUGUAUUAAUGGGAUGUGACUGAGGAAUUGGCUCACACCAUCUUUUACUAAACCAUUAUUAAAAGGCUGUUUGGCAGGUUUAGGUAACUACAAUGUGCUUGUGCUAAAAAAAAUAUCUUCUAGUAUCUAAUGGAAAUUCAAAUAAUUCAAAAAUGGAUCACUUACUACAGAGAUGAGCGACUUUAAAUGGUUUGAGGCAAACCCAGUUUAUUAUUUCAAACCUCAGUGUAACUGCCAAACCAGCCCAGCUCAGGAGCAGAAACACAACAGGAGCAGAAAGCUGAUGCUGGUGCUGAUCACAAGUGUAGUAUCUGAUGUUAAAUAAGCGUUCAGGGUCCAUGGCUUUAUAGAACCAGUACCUGAUGAAACAGUUACCUGCUGCUGUGGGUGAUGGAAUUGCACAGCAGCAAUCCCAGAUAUUGAAACACACAGAUGCCUUCAACUAAACCAUAGCGGGGAGCAAAGUAGUUCAGGAAAAGGAAUGAUUUUCUAUAUUCCCUUCAGCAUUAGGUGGCUAAAUCCCUUGUUCUGACUGCUGUGUACUGUGUUACUUCACCAUUUCAGAGUGUUUCCAUCCUGUGAUAGUACAGCCAAUAAAACCUUUCAGGCUGAAACUUGAA